AUGAUGACCUUCGAGCAACCGCGACGAGAGCGGUCCUCUAGCGACAGAGCUCAGCCUGCACCCUUCCCGCAGAGGCCAGGUCUCUCGGGCAGAACAAUUUCCGCACCGGCCGGAGGUCUGCAUAAGCUUGAUUCUUCCAGAAUGGCAACCGACACACGGAGUAAAGUCGAGAGCCCUCUCAUAGAGGAGGAGGAACAUGUUCUCUCAAGGAGUGACACCGGCUUAUUGUCGAUGCAUGAUGGUAACGGGAUAUCUCAGAAGCCGAACUUCCCACACCUUACGAUCGCCGUUGUUGGCCAAGAGAAAGCCGGCAAAUCCACAUUCAUCCGGAGCGCUCUAGACAUGAAGAACCCGCUAUCCUCACGAUCGACAACAAAGAAAAUGUCAUUAGAUGGCACUGUUUACCUUGUUCGAUUUGUGGAGAUUUCGACCAAAGAAAUAACAAUCGGAAGCAAUGGAGACCUCCAGUGGCCUCGGAUUGGCACCGAUGCCACUUCGCCAAAAGUUAUUGACGGAGUACUCGUUCUUCACGACGUGACCCAACCCGCAAGCUUCUCAGAAUUGACAGGCUUACUUGACACUUUGUCCGCGUCAUCUUUGCCGUUUCUUCUAAUUGCGAGUAAAUGUGAUGUUCGAAGGCACGAUAGAUUCGUUGAGCCUGCUUUGGGCAACUACGAGAUCCAUCGGAUGUCCUCCGAAUCUCCAAAGUCGCAGAAGUCGUGCAUUGCCAUGCUUCUGCGAUCUGUCGUCAGCAAAAAAUAUGCAUUCACCGAUCUUUCCCACAACCAGUCCGACCAGGGAACCUCUUGCGACGCCUCGUACCGACCGCGCUCGCAAGACCGCCACCAUACUCGUGCCAACUCCGAAACACCUACAGCCUUCUUCAACGGAGCCGCGGGCGGCUCAAACUCCACGAGUGUGUUUGAAUCAGGAGUCGAUGGGUACGGCGACGACCUGUAUCCCGUCGACCGGACCGACUCACCCAACCUGGCUUCCAAUCCGCACAAUUCGAGAUAUGGCCGGAGCAACUCGUUUCCGGUGCGACCGCACACCCCUCCCUCCGGAGCCACGUUGAACUUGCACAGGCCAUCAGCGUCAGGAGAGUCAUCUCCAGCCAAGGACCGCAAUCGCCAGCAUCGGCUCCAUUCUGCUUGGCGAAACAGUGGCGGCUCGGACGCCUUUAAUAGCUUCUUGGAGACGGAAGAUGAAAUUGACGCGUCGCGUAGCGCCCCGUCAAGUCCUGGUGGCAGCAGCAAGGACAAAUCAACAAACGAUGGAAGUUCGAAUGACACCGGUUACACAUUUGACGAGUUAGUUGAUCGGCUUGUGGCGCAGCCGAUGUCGAAGCAAGACUCGAAGUUCUCGUCUAUCUUCCUGUGCCUGUAUCGCAAGUUUGCGGCACCUGCCAGUCUACUCAACGCGCUGAUACAUCGGUUUGAACGAAAUGAGAAAAAUAUCACUGACCAGCUGACCCGCAUUGCUGAUCAGUUGAGACUGCUCAACGUGAUGGCACAGUGGGUAUCGGAGUACCCCGGCGACUUGGCAUAUCCAAAAACCCGGAAGCGGAUCCUGGAUUUUGUAUCAACGUUGGAGAAGAGUCAUUUUUACAUGUUUGCCGCCAAAGAGAUUGGAUCGUAUCUCGAAGUGAACACGGAAGAUGAUGAUGUUGGGUGGCCAUUCAAAGACGGCGACGUGGAGGAAUUCGAUGACCAGGAAACUUUCUACGUCAAUUCCGGCCGGAGCUCUCCUUCCAUGUUCCUGGGGGGGCCUACCUCAGGAGAAGAUGAAGGUGAGGAAGAGGAGGAGGACCCCAUCUACAACAUGAGCGCUCUAGAUCUGAGCGAGGGCCCGCCAGAGCAGAGCACAAGGUUCUCUGGAGGGUUAUCGGGUACUUCGACGGUGGACAAGCCCGGCACGAUUUCGAGCCAAUCGUUCACGAGCUUGAGCAUUGAAGCUGCGCAAAGAGAGUCCGAGCACCUGGAGCUGACACCUAGCGUGCCACUGACCAAGAUACAAUGGCGGCAAUUCAUGGAGAUACCCGACGAAGAUUUUGCACGCGAGUUAACACGAAUUGACUGGAUCAUGUUCAACUCGUUUCGACCUCGGGACCUUGUACGGCAUGUCAGUAUUUCAGGCCCCGACAAAGAUAAGAUUCAGAGCUUGAAGCAUGUCAAUCGCAUGAUCAAGCAAUUCAACCAUAUCGCGUUUUUCGUGGCUAGUAUGAUCCUUCUUCGGGAUAAGCCGAAGCACCGGGCAAGGGCCCUGGAGAAGUUUAUGAACAUUGCACAGAAACUGCGACGGUUGAAUAACUACAACUCCCUGGGCGCACUAAUURCCGGUAUCAAUGGAACUCCAGUACAUCGGCUGUCUCAGACGCGGGAGCUGGUCCCAGUCCAAGUACAGAAGGACUUCAUGAGGCUUGUGAUUCUCAUGGGGACGCAGAAGAGCCAUUUUGCAUAUCGCUUAGCCUGGGACAAUUCAUUCUCGGAGCGAAUUCCGUUUCUCCCACUCCAUCGCCGUGAUUUGGUGUCGGCCGAGGAAGGGAAUAAGACCUUCGUCGGAGACAACCGGUCUCGGAUCAACUGGAAGAAAUUCGAGGUGAUGGGAGAAGUUAUUCUGGGCAUCCAGCGCAGCCAGAAGACCCCGUAUGCUCAUAUUAAUCGGUAUGAGGACGUGCAGCGGUUGGUCCUGGAUAUCAAGCUUUCUGGAGAUGAAGAGGUUGAACCAUCCACGGGCGUCGACACAGGACGCAAGAAAUUCGGCUGGCUGCGGUCUUGA